AUGGCCGACUCUUUCCUGCACCUUGCCCGUCCUUUGGGCCCCGUCUCUGUGGGGACCGCUCCCACCACUGCCCCUCUGAACGUGGUGAUCCAGCCGCAGGCUAUCUUCUCUAUUCUCGACCAUUCGCUUCGCCGUAACGCCGAUCAGGAACGUGUCAUCGGAACACUGCUGGGAACACGAUCGGAAGAUGGAGGCGAGGUUGAAGUGCGCUCCGCGUUUGCCGUGGGCCACUCCGAGGCUGAGGAUCAGGUCGAGGUCGAUAUGGAAUACCACAAGCAGAUGCUCGCCCUGCACUUGAAGGCCAACCCGCGCGAGGUUCUCGUCGGUUGGUACGCCACCGCUUCCGAGCUCAACACUUUCUCCGCCUUGAUCCAGAACUUCUACAGCGGUCAGGGUGAUGGCACAUGGCCUCACCCCGCUGUUCACCUUACUGUCUCUACCGAGGCUGGCAAGGACCUCGAGACCCGUGCUUAUAUCUCCGCCCCCGUUGGUGUCACCGCUGAGCGGGCCGCCGACAGCGCCGCUUUCAUUCCUGUUCCCUACGAGCUCCGAUACGGCGAGGCCGACAAGAGUGGUCUUGAGGCUAUUGCCAAUGCGAAGGAUUCUGAGGAGCGCUCAACUUCCGUCACUACUGAUGUUGAGGCUUUGGAGCGUGCGAUUGAGGAGGUCAUCGCUAUGAUUGACCGUGUUUCACGAUACGUCGAGUCUGUUAUUGAUGAGGAGGCUCCUGCUUCUACUGCUAUGGGCCAGUUCCUGCUGAAUGCUCUUGCCCUUGCUCCUAAGGUUGAGCCCGCUGAUAUUGAGCGUGACUUCAACAACCACAUCCAGGAUGUCCUGGUUGUUUCUUACCUCGCCAACACCAUCCGCACACAGAUGGAGCUGUCUAACCGACUAGCAACUGCUCAGCUUACCCUGGGCGGCGGCGAGGCCGCUAAGGAGGGUGGUGAAGGCCAGCGCAACAACAACAACAACCAGCGUAAGGGUGGUCGUAAUCAACGUCAGGACCGUGCCCCUACCGAGGAGGCCCGCGCAUAG